AAUACAAAUGGCAGUAGCUCGUUCUGUCGGUAACCUGGGAAGAUUUGUUUCGCUAGAAGUUACAAACAGAUUGUUUCGAACACAACGGAAAUGUACUUUAAUAGCUGUGCGACGACAGAACUAAUAUUUAUUUCAAAACAUACGCGGCGUUUUCUCUAAAUUCAACGAUGAAGUUCAGUAGCCGACCACCUGUUGAUGCAGCGAGCAUCUUUGUUUACAUCUAGCUAGCCUCGCCGUGCUAGCUAACUCUGCUACUCUUGGACGUAGCGGUUCAUUCAUUAGUUAGUUGUCCCUGUUGUUGACUUUCCAGCGAGUCACACAUGUUGUAAAAUGCUGCUCGAGCAUCUGAAAGCUAACCUCGGCAGGGGGGGACGAGUUGUUGGUUAGCUGGAGGGCGACGUCAUGCACUCACCAGUAGUUCAACGUUCAGGAGCCAAGAUGUCUUCAGUCCGAGGAAUCUACUUCGACUAAAGUGUGCGACAGAAACGGAGCUCCUUAUACAAUCAGCCAGGGCCAUGAGGAUCAGCAGAGUCCCGAUCGCCUGAUCUGACAAGAGCUGCAGUAGAUACCUGAUGUUCCCCUGCACAUACCACUGCUGGCAGUCUUAGCCCACCUUCCUCCAUCUCCAGGUCUGCUAUUGUGAAAAUCAGGCCAGCAGACAUGGAAUCCAUUUCUCUGAGGAAGAAGGUGGGCUGUGUGCGUCAGGAGAACGCCUGCCUGUCCAUGGAUGAGCAGCUCAUCAGUGACUUCGAUGCCCUGCAGUAUGAACUGACCUCCUCCAAGUCUCAGCUCCACCUCAGAGGCUCCAGGGCUGGUGCUGAAAGCAGUGUGGCAGUCAUGAGUGGACAGAUUCGUCAGCUUGAAGCAGAGCUGGAGGCACAAGUCAAAGAGCUCAAGGCUGCAGAGCUGAGAGCUGAGUGUAGCCAGGAAGCAGCAGCACACAAUGACAUUGUGUUGGCAGGUCUCACUGAGGAGCUGAGUGCAUUCAGAGAAGAACUGGACAACAAGACAGCGCUAGGAAAACGAGCUGAGCAACAAAGGAACCAAGCACUUGAAAAUGCAGAGAAACUCAAAGAAGCUUUCAAAGAAUACAAAGCCACAAUUUCCAUUAAACUUAAGAAGGUGAUGGAGAGCGAGAGCAAACUCAAAGAGAGCCUUAUUGAGUGUGACAGAGAGAAAGAAGAGGUGGAGAUGAAGUGCGCUGUGCUGCAGAGAGAAAAGGCAGAACAGGGCCGAACCACCAGCCAGCUGAAGGAGGAGUUGAGGGAGGCUAAGUGUUCGGCUGUUGAGCGCUCAGACCUCCUGACUCAGCUGGAGGAGGCCAGACGACGCGCCUCAAUCCUGGAUCGUCAGCUUGCAGAGCAGGGAGCGGGAUGCAGGGAGCAGGCUUCUCUGCUCAGGGAGCUGCAAGAGCUGCGGGCUCUGACCCAGAGCCAAGAGCAGAGGGUGGCUCAGAGCCACAGAGAGGCUCAGCAGAGCCAGGCAGAGCUGUCGAGUCUGGAUGCUGCCCUGGCCCUGCUACAUCUACGAGAGGGCGCUGUGGGAGCACUUUGUGCCAAGCCCUGCAUGUUGCCCCCAGUGGACUAUUCAGGAACAGUUCACCUGCUCAAGUUAAAGCCAGGUGAAGGUUACCAGCAGCUGUUGCGGGUGCUUCAGUCGUCAGAGUUUGAGCGAACUAAACAGAGCAGCCUGGUCGAGCGGCUGCAGGAUCGUCUCAGCAGAGCCCAGGAGGAGAUCACCUCCCUGCAGAGCUCCAUGGCCCAGAGAGCCUCCCACUACCAGAGCCUCCACACAGAGCUGCUGGAUAAAGUCAGCCAGGCCACUGACACAGAGAAAGAGUUGAAGAGAAAAUGUGCCCGUGUGGCUGCGCUGGAGAAACAGUUACAGGAGAAAACUUCAGCUUACAGUCAGGCUGCACUGAAAAACACAGAACUGGAGAAUCAGCUACUGGAGAAGACCAGCUCUGUUCAACAUUACCAGACACUGAUGACCAAAAAGCAAAGAGAGUAUCAACAGUCUUUGGACAAGUGUAAAAGAUCACAGUCUCAACAAUGCACGGAGCAACAGCACAGAAUAGAAAUGCUGCAGUUAUCUGUAGAAGAAGCUCGGUCUCGGCUGUUAGAAAUGGAGCAGGAGCUUUGUUUGUGCCAGAGGGAAAGAGACAAGGCUCAGAAAGCUGCUCUGUUGCUGCAGACCACCGUGGAACAGCUUACACAAGAGAAGCAGGUUGAAGUCAGAGACAAUGAAGAGUUGUUGCAAAGUUUCAAAGAGCAGGCAGCUCAGUCCUCCACCGAGGUGAGUGAGCUACAGUCGUCUCUGUCAGCGUGCAGAGAAGAACUGGCCUCAUACCUGCAGCAGAUGGACAACGUAAAGAUGAACUACGAGAACGAGCUGCAAAAGAGCAAUGACAAGGUGUCGUCUCUGCAGGAGCGGCUCCACAGCACCAGCCUGGUGUGUCAGAGAUCCAGCGAGCAGAACCUGCAGCUGCAGCUUUCUCUCCAGCAGCAGCAGACCAUGUUGACUGAGAGCACGGCCCACAUCUCUGACCUGGAGGACAGCCAGUGCCAGCUGCAGAGACAAGUGUCCAGUCUGGAGCAGCAGCUGGAGCGAGCAUGGGCUUCUCUGCAGGAGGAGGCGAGGACCAGAAAGCAGGACGCCCAGGAGAGAGAGAAGGACCUGCAGGAGAUGAACCAGCAGAACACUCAGCUGUCUGAGUCCGUCACCCAUGUAACAUCAGAGAUGGUUAAGUGUCAAGGGGAGCUGGUGUCUAAAGAGUCUGAGCUGCAGCGUCUGAGGAAGGAUGUCACCGUCAAGACGCUUCAGAUCAGCCGCAUGGAGGAGAGCCUGCAGCAGACCAAGAACAAACUCGCCAGCAAGAACGAUCUGGUUGUCGAUCUUGAGGAGAAGCUCCAUCAUUGCGAGGCAGACCAGCUCAACUCUGUGCAGCGGGUCCGGAUGCUGGAGGGGCAGCUGCAGGCGGUGCGGGGGGAGCUGGCCGAUACGCUGGAGCAGCUACUGAAACUCAAGGACAUUCUGCAGAUAACACAGAGCAUUGCAGAUGAGCGGCAGGCGUCAGUGGAGAAACUGACCGUCCAGCUUAGUGAGACGCAGAGGGAGUUGGAAGCGAGAACGCAUGAGGUCUUAGACAUGGACAAUGCACUGAAGGAGAGACAGGGGGAGCUCCAACAGAGAGCACAGCUGCUGGGUCAGCUGGACGUGGCGAUCAGAGAGCACAAGCAGGAGCUGGAGAGGAAGGUGGAGUCUCUGCAGCGGAGCCUCGAGGCCAGAGAGCGAGAGCUGAGAGAAGCACAGAGGGAGCUCACAGACAGAAACAUGAAGGAGUCCCAGGAGCUCGACCAGCAGCUGCGUGUGUGUCAACAGAAACUUCAGACUUUGCUACAAGAUCUUGAAGAAACUCGACUUCACUGUGAAUCUUUGACCAGAGAACUGGACGCCACCAAGCUGCAGAACGAGGAGAGGGAGGUCCGGCUGUGUGGGGUGGAGGAGGAGCUGGCUCUGAAGGAGGCAUACUGGCUUCAGGCGGAGGCCAGGCUGCAGAGCACAGUCGCCUCUUUAGAGGCGGAGCUGGAGUUGGAGAGGGCACAGCACAGCAAGGAGCUGGAGUCCCUGCAGCAGACUCGAGGUCAGCUCCUCAAAGUGUCAGAGCAGAUGUCCUCCACCAUGCGCUCCUCCCAAGAACAACUCGCCGCUAAGCUUCACCAGAGCCAGACCCAGCUCGACCAAACCAAAGCUCUGCUGGACCAGACCAGGGCGGAGUUGGAACGAACCCAGAACCAAGCCAGUUGUCUUCAAACACAGUUGGACCAGGGCCAGAGGCAGCUCCUUCAGAAUAAAGCCCAGAUGGAGCAAAGCAGGAUUCUGUACGAGCAGAGCAGAACCCAGAACAGUGACCUCCGUGCUCAGCUGGAGAUGGUCAGCGCGCAGUUAAAUCAAACCAGAGUCCAGGCUGCGCAGCUCCAGGCUCAGCUGCAGGCCUGUGAGAAGUCCAUGGAGACCUCUGAUGAGUCCAUGCUCAUCAAGGAAUCUGAGGUGACCCGUCUCCAAGCCAGGAUCUCCAGUUUGGAGCGAGCUGCCGACCGACAGAACCUCUACAAUCACACACUGUCUGUACCAGUUCUGCACAGAUUCCCACACGCGCAGGAACGCUCCUCCUCGGCUCACUCGCCCCCCGAAAAGACCACUCUUACUCUUACACACUCUCAGUCCACUUCUCUCCGCUCCCCAACGCACACACAAAGUUGCUCAUCACCCCCCGCUCACACAUACCUUCAGCCCACCUCAGCCUCUCACCUGUCUGAAACUCGUGAUUGGCUGCAGAGCAGUAGCAUCGACUCUUCCCUGGAUCUCCCCUUGAGCCUGAAGGCAACACUGAGGGAGGCGUUGAGCAAGCAGCCAUGGGAGGCCUCCUCCUCCUCCUCCUCUGUCUCCCCCUUCCCGAGCGAAGAGCACCACGGCUGGCAGGGCCUCAGCACCGUGGACACCACAGCGACCUCCGACCUCUCCUUCAACCCCCUCACAUACAUGGUGGACAAACCAGACGAUGGAAGCACCGAAGUGGAGGCUGCCUCUCUACAGGAGGGAGACAGUGAGCGGUCGGAUGAGUCGAGGAGGGAGUCGGUGUGCACUCUGGUUGGUGAGGCGGAUGAGGAGGUGGAUAUGAGUUCACUGACUGGGAUGCUGAGGUUUGUUAAUCAGACGCUAGCUAAGCAGGAAGACCCUUCGUUAUGGAGCUCCUCAGGGAUAUCACAGACCUGACAGAGAGGCACACGCACGCACACACACACACAGGUAAAAACACCACUCCUUUCUCAUAAGAGUCUGUUAAUCAAUCAAUCGAUCAAGCUCUGGAUUUCUAUGACUUUUUUCGAACAUCUGCUUCUGAAAAGUCUGUGUGUCACCAAAAAACUAUUUGUAAGAGAUCCAGUGCCUUAAAGAAGCAUAUAAAGUUUGUUAUUGCCCCUUUGAAAUAUUUUUCUAUAACGUAAAAUAUUCAUAGCUGCAUAAUAAACAAUCAAACUUACAGUUGGAAAGACACAUUGGGUUAUCCAUUAGAAAAUACCCCUCAAAACAUUUAGCUUAUCUGCUUUAUCAUUACUGUGUGUGAGGGGGUUAGAUUAUUUUUGAUUGACUUUUGCUCCACCAGAAAAAAAUCGCCCCACAGCUCUCAUCACAUUUUGUUUCAAAUGUAGCUCAACACUGAUUGGUGCUCACAAAGACAUGAAAUAAUCUUUUUUUUUUUUUAUUUAGACCCACUUACCUCUAAUCAGUAUCAAGAUAAAAUCCCUGCUGUGUUGCCAUGGAGAUGUCAGGUCCAUUGAACUCUGUUUACAUUGUGUUUAUCCUUGUGUGUGUCUAUAAAUGUUCCUACAUUCCUUUACAUUCCUCAAAACUAAACCAUUUUCUGUGAUGUCAUAUAAAUGUAGAAGCUAAAUGAAUAAAGUGUUUUUUUAUAAGUA